CACUGCUGAUCCAUCCGCUCCCAAUUUGUCCUGCCAGCUGUGCCCACAGCUGCCUGCCGAGUGCCAAGUCCAGGUUUUUCUUCAGGACCUGAGGUCCAUCUUCUAAUCACAUUUCCUGAGAGGGACCGCUGGGGGCCCUGGAGGAGAGACGGACUUUUUCGACUAGAACGCGGAUGCAGACUAUCGUAGAGACGUCGCUCUAAAACUGCCGGUUUUCGCGCGCUUUGGCGCGGGUAGUUGUGGGUAGGGCGCCCAAGAGGGAGAAAGGAGUUCGGGGACUGUGAUCGCGCCGCCCGCAGGGCCUGAGGGGGAUGUUCCAGGACAGUCCCCACGCGGAGGGGGCGACGGUGGUCGCCGCGGCCGGGGAGGCGCUGCAGGCCCUGUGCCAGGAGCUGAACCUGGACGAGGGGAGCGCGGCCGAAGCCCUGGACGACUUCACCGCCAUCCGGGGCAACUACAGCCUAGAGGGAGAAGUUAUACACUGGUUGGCAUGUUCACUAUAUGUUGCAUGCCGUAAAAGCAUUAUUCCCACAGUUGGAAAGGGUAUCAUGGAAGGAAAUUGUGUUUCACUUACCAGAAUACUGCGUUCAGCUAAAUUAAGUUUAAUACAGUUUUUUAGUAAAAUGAAGAAGUGGAUGGACAUGUCAAACUUGCCACAAGAAUUUCGUGAACGUAUAGAAAGGCUAGAAAGAAACUUUGAGGUGUCAACUGUAAUUUUCAAAAAAUUUGAGCCAAUUUUUUUAGAUAUAUUUCAAAAUCCAUAUGAAGAGCCACCAAAGUUACCACGAAGCAGGAAGCAGAGAAGGAGUCCUUGCAGCGUUAAGGAUCUCUUUAAUUUCUGUUGGACGCUCUUUGUUUAUACCAAGGGUAAUUUUCGUAUGAUUGGAGAUGAUUUAGUAAACUCUUAUCAUUUACUUCUGUGCUGCUUGGAUCUGAUUUUUGCCAAUGCCAUUAUAUGCCCAAAUAGACGAGACUUGCUAAACCCAUCGUUUAAAGGUUUACCAUCUGAUUUCCAUACAGCUACCUUCAGGGCUCCUGAAGAGCCUCCCUGCAUCAUUGCUGUGCUGUGUGAACUGCAUGAUGGACUUCUCGUAGAAGCAAAAGGAAUAAAGGAACACUACUUUAAGCCAUAUAUUUCAAAACUCUUUGACAGGAAGGUACUCAAAGCAGUGAACAAGGAGUAUGAAGAAUAUGUUUUAACUGUUGGUGAUUUCGACGAGAGGAUCUUUUUGGGAGCAGAUGCAGAAGAGGAAAUUGGAACUCCUCGAAAGUUCCCUGGUGACACCCCAUUAGGGAAACUGGCAGCACAGGCUAAUGUGGACUGUAACCUUCAACAGCACUUUGAAAAAAAAACAUCAUUUGCACCUUCUACCCCACUGACAGGACGGCGAUAUUUACGAGAAAAAGAAGCAGUCAUUACUCCUGUUGCUUCAGCCACCCAAAGUGUGAGCCGAUUACAGAGUAUUGUGGCCGGACUGAAAAAUGCACCAAGCGAACAACUUAUAAAUAUUUUUGAAUAUGGAGAGAAACAAAUGAUGUUAGUAGGCAAAUGGGUUCUUUUAGAGCAAGAUAUAUUUCAUCGUUCCUUGAUGGCCUGUUGUUUGGAAAUUGUGCUUUUUGCCUAUAGCUCACCUCGGACUUUUCCCUGGAUUCUUGAAGUUCUCAAUUUGCGACCAUUUUAUUUUUAUAAGGUUAUUGAAGUGGUGAUCCGCUCCGAGGAGGGACUUUCCAGGGACAUGGUGAAACACUUGAACAGCAUUGAAGAACAGAUUUUGGAGAGUUUAGCAUGGAGUCACGAUUCUGCACUGUGGGAGGCUCUCCAGGCAUCUGCAAACAAAGUUCCUACAUGUGAAGAAGUGAAUAUGCAACCAUUAUCUCCAAUUUCUGUCCAUGAACGCUACAGUUCUCCUACUGCAGGGAGUGCUAAGAGAAGACUUUUUGGAGAGGACCCUCCAAAGGAAAUGCUUAUGGACAAGAUCAUAACAGAAGGAACAAAACUGAAAAUUGCUCCUUCUUCAAGCAUUACUGCUGAAAAUAUAUCAGUUUCACCUGGGCAAAGUCUUCUAACAAUGGCCACAGCCAUAGUAACAACAGGACAUAAAGUUACAAUCCCAUUGCACGUAACUAACAUUAAAGAAGAAAGAACUUUUCAAGAAAUAAUGAAAAGUUACAGGAAUCAGCCCCAAGCUAAUAGUCACGUCUAUAGAAGUGUACUAUUGAAAAGUGUUCCAAGAGAAGUUGUGGCUUAUAAUAAAAAAGUAAAUGGUGAUUUCGAAAUGACAGAUUCUGAUUUGCUAGUCUACGUAUACACAAUGGAAGCUCCACCUCUUUCUCCUUUUCCACAUAUUAAGCAACAGCCAGGUUCACCACGUCGCAUUUCCCAGCAGCACUCCAUUUAUGUUUCCCCACACAAGAACGGGUCAGGCCUCACACCAAGAAGCGCUCUGCUGUAUAAGUUCAAUGGCAGCCCUUCUAAGAGUUUGAAAGAUAUCAACAACAUGAUAAGGCAAGGUGAGCAGAGAGCCAAGAAGCGAGCAAUAGCCAUUGAUAGUGAUGCAGAAUCACCUGCCAAACGCCUCUGUCAAGAAAAUGAUGAUAUUUUACUUAAAAGACUACAGGAUGUUGUCAGUGAAAGAGCGAAUCAUUAGUGCCCUUCCUGUUUAUGAAAUAAAAGCACUUUCAGGUGGUUUUGCAGAAAGUUGGGGCUCUAUCCUUCAAAACCUUCAGCCCUGUAGAUGGUAAAUAUCACUGAAUUAUAAGAAAAAUUAUGUACCAAAAUCAUGUGCUUUUUUUUUUUUUAAUAUUUAUCUAAAAUGUAGUUGCCAGAGAUGUAUUUUCAGUUGGACUGGAAAGGAAUGUUUUAAGUACCUUUUAAACAUAUUAAUAGCCCUAGAAUUUUUUAAAUGUUUGUUCCUUGGGUUAGCUUUUAAGAUGAAGUAAGGAGAAACCUCAUAAUUUCUUAGAUCACUUUUUAAAAUAAUCAAAUGUCUCCUCCUGUGCUUUGUGAUUUGAGGGUAAAUAAUCUACUUUUGUUAAGUGUGCUUUGAGAUAUUUGUGUUCUCAAUUUAAUACUGAGUGAGAGUUGGUUCCCCCAGCACCUGGGCAGAGGCAGAUGCACCAGCCUGUCUGUGACCCACUGUGGUCACUCCAUGCCCAGGUGCCACUAGCAUUCUGGGUUGUGUAGAUCCCUUCCCCCUGCCCUGUUCCUCUCCUUUGAGCAUUUGCAAAUUUGGACCUGAGCCCAUGCACUGACCACCCCGCCCUUUGCUUUCCAACCCUAAGCCCUGUUAGCCUGAUGUCCCAACCUAAUGCAAGGGGUAUUAGCUCUUUUUUAAAACUAUCAUUUUGUUUUUCUGAACCAUUAACUUAAUUAUUCAUGAUUAUAUUACAUCAUGUAAUUGUCAAAACAGGAAGCUGUUUCCCAAACCAGUAGAAUAAAAUACAGAUAAGAGUUGUUGGAAGCUAAAUUUGCUAUUAGCGAGAAAGCACUGUGAUCAUGUAUGAGAUACUGAGGCCAUCAUAAGAUUAGUCAUCCUCAAUAUCUAACUGACUCCCUAAGAAUAGUUCAGCCUUUUUCAGAACCACAUUAACAUCCCCUCAUACCUUAUAAUUAUAAUCUACAUCAGUAAAACAGCUGGUUGUUCCUUCCAUCUCUUCGUUCUCAGUAUUAUUGGUGCAAUGUGAGUUUCCCAUUAGGAUCGGAUCACUGGGCCCCUUAAGGAUGUUUUACAGUACUAGGUAGGGGGAUGCAACUUUCCAAAGAAUCAGCUGUUCAAUACUCACUUUUUCUAGUGUGUUUGUGGAAUCUGGAAGGACCUGGACAAGCCAUUCCUAAUUAUUUUUGAGAAAUUGUUAUCAAAUGUAUAUUUUUGACUGAAAAAAAUCUUAUUUUUUAAAAUGCAAAGUGUUUAACUUAACCUAUGUCUAAUACUGGCUAAUUUGAAUUAGUCUAAUAUUUGGCUGUAAAUUAUUAAUUGCUAUUAUCAGAAAUUUUAUUUUUAAAUUGUAAGAAGAAAAGUGAUUUGGGUCACAUUUUACUUUUCUGUAAAUUACAUCCUCUUUUGUGUAGUAUCUACACAUGUUACAAGCCAAAUAACGUCAUGUGUCUUGAAUCCUUGUAUAUAUUUUUAUGUGGCUAUAACUUUUGAGUCAUUUUCAUCUUCUUUAUUAAUGUGCAGAAUAUAAGUGAGCAUUUGUACAUUGACUAUAGAAGAAACUCUGGAUAUGUUUUUAUCAGUUUUCAAGACUUUAUAUCAAUGUACAUAAAACUUAAUAAAACAUUGGAGUUUUUGAGAU